UCCCCAUUGCAACAAUUCAUUCGCUCGACUCUUUGCAGGAGUGGAGUUGCUUCUUCUUCAACAAUCAAACAUUCCCAUUUCCCCCCAAAACUACCGCAGUUUCUGUUAUCGCCUGCUUCAGCAAUGGCAGAAACGCAAAAUCUCGACGGAAAUUCAGGAAUACGGGGCUCAAUUUUAGACGAAGUUGACGAGGAAGACUCUCGAACCAGCGCUCUUUUUCUGGAACUGAAACUCUACUGCGUGCAGCUGCUGGACCUCCUUCAGAACCCCGACAAGGAUCGUUCCUUUCUCGCUCAUCUCCUCCACCUGCUCCGGAAGUCUUCCACGUCCUCUCUCCAGCCCUUAUUCGACUUUACUUUGUUCCCAUUGCUGCUUCUGUUCGACGCAUCAGUAAAAUGUAGGUCGUCAAUGAAAACUGACUCCGAAGAUAAUUCUCUAGCAUCUAGCACCUCAGGGAUGGAACAUAAAGUGAGCGACUCGGUGGCAGAAGGCGUGGUUCUGUGCUUGGAGGAAGUCUUGAAGAAGUGCCAAUUAGGAUCUAUUGAUCAGAUGGUUGUUAUACUGAAGAAAUUGACACUUGGAGCUAUGCUUUCUCCACUGGAAGCUUCAGAAGAAUUUCGCGAAGGAGUAAUAAGGUGCUUCAGGGCCGUGCUGCUUAAUUUGGGUCCUUGUUCGGAUGAUUCCUGUCCCUGCAAACAAAUAAGUAAUAGGCCUAUUCUUCCAGAUGAAAAAGAGUUGCAAUUUCCUGGUUCUAAAGAACCAGGUCAUAUUUCGCUCUCUAAAGAGUGCUCAUUAGCAUUUCUUCAGUCUCAACCUGCUUCUGCAGCGAUUGGACACUGGCUGUCUCUUAUGCUCAAGGCUGCAGAUAUUGAGGUCACAAGAGGUCAUCGGGGCAGUUCAAGGCUUCGAGUUGAAGCCUUGAUAACACUUCGAGUUCUUAUUGCAAAGGUUGGUUCUGCAGAUGCUUUGGCUUUUUAUUUACCAGGUGUCGUAAGUCAAUUGGGGAAGGUGUUGCACACGUCAAGAACUAUGAUUAGCGGUGCGGCAGGAAGUACAAAAGCCUUGGAUCAGGCAGUUAGAGCAUUGGCUGAAUAUCUUGUUGUGGUUCUCGAAGACUGUGUUUCUACACCUCAUGGUGCCCUGAUGGAUGACAUUUCUGGCUUCUGCUCAACUAAUGAGAAACCUCUCGCUUCAUUCCUAGAGGAACUCCGUCACCUACCUGCUAAAAAAACAACUCAGGGUGAUAUCAAAGAUUCUACUGAAUCUGUAGAGAAAGGCAGCAUAAUAUCUAGAGGAGAUAAUGUGCCGGGUGUUGUUGAUUAUAAUGUUCGAUCACUGCAUGUAACCCGUACAGAGGCGUGGUUAGCAAAUACUGCUGCUCACGUUAAUAAACUAUUGUCUGCAACAUUUCCUCUUCUUUGUGUUCAUCCAAGCAAAAAUGUGAGACUAGGACUUUUGGCAGCUUUACAGGGGCUCUUAUGUAAAUGCAGUUACACAUUGAAAGAAAGCAGAUUAACACUUCUGGAAUGCUUGUGUGUGUUAGUCUGUGAUGAUCUUGGAGAUGUGUCUUCAUCUGCCCAGGCCUUUUUUGAACUUCUCGUUUCAUCCAAAGGAAAACAUCAAACACAACAUGACAUUGUCGAACUUUUUAGCAGGUUGGUUGAAAAACUUCCUCAAGUGGUACUGGGUAAUGAGGAGUCACUUGCGCUAUCACAUGCCCGAAAGUUGCUAGCAGUUACAUAUUUCGGUGGUCCCAAACUUGUUGCAGACUUCCUUCUUCUUUCUCCUGUGACAGCUGCUCGUUUCUUGGAUGUGUUUGCACUCUGUCUAAGUCAAAACUCUGUUUUUGCUGGUUCACUCAACAAGCUUGCAGCAGCAAGACCAACAAUAUCCGGCUUCAUGCAUUCAAUAGCUGAGAUUCAGGCUGUUACCAGUGCUGAAGGUUCUCGGGGAUUAGGUUUCCAGAACAAGAAAAUUUUGAAUGUGUAUGAACAUGGAAAGAAUAAAUAUAAGCUGCCUAGCAUUCCACCUUGGUUUAUUAAUUUGGAUAGUCAGAGACUGUACCAGACUCUUUCAGGAAUCCUGAGGCUAGUCAGUCUAUAUUUGUUCACAGACUCUCGAAGUCAAGGUUCUUACUCUGGUUUAAUUGACAUUCUCCUUGGACACUUCCGUAAACUGAUAUCUGAGUUGCGUAUGAAAGAACUCCAUAAGGAAAGCUGGCAGUCGUGGUAUAAAAGAACGGCUUCAGGGCAUUUAGUGCGGCAGGCUAGUACUGCCGUAUGCAUUGUCAACGAGAUGAUUUUUGGGCUGUCUGAUCAGGCCACUACAUCUUUACACGGAUUGUUCAGUCAUUGUUUACACCAUGAAAGUUAUGGCGUUGAUGAAAUUAGCAAGUCUUGUGGGCAUGAUGAUGCUUUGCUAAAAGAUCAGGUUCAGGAGAAGUGCCAGAAGUCUGGUGCAAGGGCUUAUUUGAUUGAUUGCAUCGGUAGUAUCCUACAUGAAUAUUUAUCACCUGAAAUCUGGGAUCUCCCACUUCGACUCUCAGCUUCUCCCUCUGGAGAAGGCGACAUAAAUAUGCAUUUUUUUAGCGACAAUGCAAUGCUGCAUCAGAUCAUUAUUGAAGGAAUAGGCAUAUUUAAUAUUUGCCUGAGCAAAGAAUUUUCUUCAUGUGGAUUUCUUCACUCCUGUCUCUAUAUGUUGCUUGAAAAUAUUAUUUGCUCAAAUUUCCAAGUCAGGAGGGCGGCUGAUACUGUCCUACAUGUUAUCUCUGCUACACAGAACUGUCCAACUGUGGGUCACUUGGUCAUGGAAAAUUCAGAUUAUGUGAUUGACUCUGUAUGUAGGCAACUGCGACAUUUAGAUUGUAAUCCUCACGUGCCUAAUGUCCUUUCCGCCAUGCUCUCUUAUGUUGGGAUAGCUGACAAAAUAUUGCCACUAUUGGAGGAGCCGAUGCAUGCAGUCUCCACGGAGCUUGAAAUUCUUGGGAGGCAUCAUCACCCUGCUUUGACUGUCCCCUUUUUAAAGGCAGUAGCAGAAAUAGCCAAAGCCUCCAAGCGGGAGGCUGGUGAGCUUCCCAAUCAAGCAGAGUUUUACAAGAAGUUUGUUAAUUCAAAAAUGUUGAAUGAAGAGAAAAGAACUAAUAUGGGCCAUUCUGGAUCACAUUCUAAUAAUACCUUGGACAGAGAGAAUAUUGACUCUGAAAUAGAUGAGGGAAGAUGCGCCAUUGAGGCUAACAUUCAAGAGGAGGAAUGGGAGUCUGUCGUAUUCAAGUUUAACGAUUCCAAAAGAUACCGGCGUAUAGUUGGAUCUAUCGCAGGGUCAUGCAUUAUUGCUGUUACUCCACUGAUUGCUUCAGCUGAUGCAGCAGCAUGCUUGACAGCACUGGAGAUAGUUGAGGAUGGUAUUACGACACUUAUUAAAGUGGAAGAAGCCUACAAGCAUGAGAGUGAGACAAAAGAGGCAAUCGAACAAGUCAUUCAGUUAUGUUCGUUGUACCAUCUUCUCGACACUCUUGGUGCUGCUGAGGAUGAAGCUUCAGAGAAUAGAUCACUUCCUGCAAUGAACAAAAUCUGGCCUUUCUUGAUUACCUGUUUUCGGAAUAAGAAUCUAGUGGCCAUCCGAAGAUGCUGCCACACGAUCAGCAGCGUAGUGCAGCUUUGUGGCGGGGAAUUCUUUGCUCGUCGUUUCCACACCGAUGGCAUCCACAUCUGGAGACUCCUAAGCACGUCGCCAUUUCAAAAGAAACCUCACGCCAAGGAAGAACGGACCCCUCUCCUACUCCCUUACAGGAAGAGCCUCACAUCUUCCGAAGAUUCACCUGCUGAGAUAUCGACCCUCAAAGUCCAGGUAGCAAUCCUCGACAUGAUCUCAGACCUAGCUCGGAACAAAAGAAGCGCAUCAGCAUUGGAAGCAGUCCUCAAGAAGGUCAGCGCCGUCGUGGUUGGGAUGGUAUGCAGCGGCGUCAGGGGCCUUCAGGUCGCAUGCGUGAAUGCCCUCGCAGCGCUAACAUCCAUUGACCCCGAUCUGAUAUGGCUGCUUCUUGCUGAUGUGUACUACUCGCAGGCAAAAAGUGCGCCUUUGCCGCCGUCCAGCGAAUACCCAGAAAUCUGUGAGGUAUUGCCUCCACCACCAUCGUCCAAAGACUACUUGUACGUGUUGUAUGCAGGUCAGAGCUAUGGAUUCGAUGUUGAUUUUGCUGCUGUGGAAACUGCCUUGGAUAAGUUAUGCUCUAUUGUUUUUAAAUCACAAAUGUACAAGUAAUUGUUUUUGAGUAAAUUGCUGGUAUUAGAAUGAGGGUUUCAUUUGUAUCAUCUACAUUUUUAUGGUUGUGUUUUGUUGCAGUAUACAUAUUAUAUGGGCGUUCAGUUUGGUGGAUUAGACGAUAUAACAAGCGAAUAACAUUUUUUUAGAGGAACAGGCAAAUAACAUUAGGGUGCUUUUAUUU